GGGACGGAGGCCAAACCCAACCCAAAGCCCAAGCCGAAGAGGAAAGGAUAGGAGACGGAUAGGGUACCCGCGAUGAGGCCCGCCGCCGCCAGUACCGGCGGGUUCCAUCUCGUGCUCCCCGCGGCGCACAGGCUGCCUCCUAGUCUUCCUAGCAUCAGUAGCCGAAGAGGUGUAAGGAUACGAGCGGCGGCGGCAGCAGGCGGUGGCGGCGCGCUGCUGGGGCGUCCCAUGGAGGACGUGUACAAGGUGCGCGUGGAGCGAGGCGAGGUGGCGCGGGCACGGAUGGAGGCGCUGCGGGUCAUGGAGACGUGGUCGUCGUGGCGCACGGGUGGCCGGUGCCGGAUGCCGUGGGACUGGCAGGUCGACCAGCUCGUGUACAUCGUGUCCGGGGAGGUGAAGGUCAUCCCCGCCGGCGCUGUCCACGGCGACGACUACAUGCACUUCGUGGCCGGGGAUCUGGUCAGGUACCCGCGCUGGUUCGAGGCCGACCUCUACUUCGACGGCCCGUACGAGGAGCGCUACCGGUUUCUCGCCUACGGAGACGACAACUAGUUAGUACAUCUGCAUUUCAAGCAGCUUUGCCUAGACCCUAGAGUAUCCAUCUACCGGCAAUGCAUGCGUUGUAAUGUUCCUCUGUAAUGUAUUGGUGUGGCGUAGUCAGGCACCGAAAUAAACCAAUCAUUCCAAUGUUUGCGAAUUUUAUUAUAUAACUUAUUAGUUCCUCCAAACUUCUAAAUUGGCUAUGAUACGCGUGCAAGAGAAAUAAACUGUUUCUUAAUUCC